AACAGGUCGUCCUCCACCUACACACCCCCCUUACAUAACAACCAGGGAAACAGGAGCCACACAAAAUUAAGAAGAUUCUCACGACAACGCUGCGCCCAAACUUGGAAAAACAACACAAACUUCCUAAAACAACAUUGCAGUUUCAGCCAGUUUGGUCGCAGCAGUAAGGAACGACGAGAGAUCCAAGGAGAAAUAAGCAAAGGGAGAGGAGGAGGGACAAAAUUCCCCUUUUGUCUCUCUCUCCCCUCCACUGUCCCGAUUUGUGUCAUCUGUUACUUCAUUUGUUGGUCGGAGAGCUUAGAAAUGUACCUCUCGGCCUUCUCGACAGCGUCGCACAGCGGGGAACCUGAGGAUGGGAAGGACAGCGCGACCAUCGUGGCCGUUGACAGGGACAAGAACAGCCAGCAGGCGGCGAAAUGGGCGGUAGAUCGGCUACUGGCAAGGGGCAGCACCCUCCAGUUGGUCCAUGUCAGGACCAACCAAAGUACCCAGAACGUGGAAGCAGGCCGUGGGGUUGACAUGGAUGCAGAGAUGUCACAGAUGUUUAUUUCAUACAGAGGCUACUGUGCUCGUAAAGGGAUGCAUCUGAAUGAGGUGAUCUUGGAUGGUACUGAUAUCUCCAAAGCAAUAAUUGAUUAUGCUACUGGUAACGCCAUCACAGAUAUCGUAGUUGGGGCAUCAACAAGGAACACAUUCAUCAGAAGAUUUAGAAAUCCUGAUGUACCAACAUGCUUGAUAAAGAUGGCGCCUGAUUACUGCACGGUACAUGUAAUACAUAAAGGGAAGGCCAUCCAAGUCAAGGCAGCCAAAGGUCCAGCACCCUUUACUACUCUUCCUCCGAAGCAAACCUCCCAACCAAACAUAGAAUCCGAUGCAUUUGCAAGAUCGUCAAGAGACUGGAGGAAAUUUUCUAAUCCAUCAUCACCAAGAACAAGUAGAACAUCGGUGGACCGACUAUCUGCCUAUGCAAAAGCUCCAACGAGAGAUAGGCAUCUCCUGUCUGGAAGGCAAGCACCCCAGAAGGAUUUCGACGACUACAUAGACUUCAUCGCACCACCGAGGCCUUCUGUUACUCGCAGCUCUUUUUCAGAUGACGUUGAUUUUCCCAUGAGCAUGGAGUUGAAUUCCAUGGACUACGCUGAUUCGAUGGAACUAUCAUCGUAUGUAUCCAUGGAAAGCCUAAGCUCAACCGGGAAGGAUGUAGAAGCUGAGAUGAGACGACUGAGACUAGAGUUGAAGCAGACAAUGGAAAUGUAUAACACUGCCUGUAAGGAAGCAAUUGAUGCUAAACAGAAGGCGGCUCAGCUGUCCCAGAUAAAGGUGGAAGAGUCUAAAAUGUACCAGGAACUAAGGAGUUCAGAAGAAGAAGCUCUUGCACUUGUUGAAAUGGAGAAGGCAAAGUGCAGAGCCGCGCUGGAGGCAGCUGAAGCUGCCCAAAAAAUUGCAGAGCUUGAAGCGCAAAAGAGAUUGAGAGCAGAAUGGAAGGCAAAGCGUGAGUCGGAGGAGAGAAGGAGAGCAACGAACACAGAUCUCCGGUACAGGAGGUAUUCCAUUGAUGAUAUUGAAGCUGCCACACAUAAGUUUGACAGGGCACUCAAGAUAGGCGAAGGUGGAUAUGGACCAGUUUAUAAAGCCGUGUUGGAUCACACUAAUGUCGCUAUUAAAAUCCUAAGACCAGACGCAUCACAGGGGAGGCAACAAUUUCAGCAAGAGAUUGAAAUACUUAGCAGUAUGCGGCAUCCAAACAUGGUCCUAUUGCUUGGAGCUUGCCCAGAGUAUGGCUGCCUGGUGUACGAGUACAUGGACUACGGAAGCCUAGAAGAUCGGCUCUGUAGAAAAGGCAACACCAAACCAAUCCCAUGGAACAUCCGCUUCAGGAUCGCUGCUGACAUCGCUACCGGCCUUCUCUUCCUCCACCAAGCAAAGCCAGAACCACUUGUCCACCGAGAUCUGAAGCCUGGUAACAUCCUCCUGGACCACAACUUUGUCAGCAAGAUUGCAGACGUCGGCCUCGCAAGGCUGGUGCCACAGUCCAUAGCUGAAGUCACACAGUACAGGAUGACAUCCACAGCCGGCACAUUCUGCUACAUUGACCCUGAGUACCAGCAGACAGGCAUGCUCACCACCAAGUCCGACAUAUACUCGUUCGGUAUCCUGCUGCUCCAAAUCAUCACGGCCAGGUCACCCAUGGGCCUCACGCACCAAGUCGAGCAUGCCAUCGAGAAAGGAGCUUUCCAAGAGGUACUUGACCCGACGGUGACGGACUGGCCAGUGGAAGAGGCCCUGGCAUUCACACAGCUAGCUUUGAAGUGCGCAGAGCUACGGAAGAAGGACAGGCCAGAUCUUGGGAAAGAGAUCUUGCCCGAGCUGAGCAGGCUGCGGAGUCUUGGACAGGAGUAUGAAGCCGCCCAGGUCAGCAGCACGAGCACAACCUGCUCGAGCUCCGCACCAUACAGUUUCAACAAUGAUGAUGUAUCAACACCAUAGGAAUCUUCCAUGGUUGUAACAAAACAAGUCAAGUAACAGGAGAGUUAUGAUCUGGACCUGGAAAAGCCACUGAUGCCUUUGCUCUACUCAGAUCCUGGGUCGGAUGAGAUGAACAUGGAUAGCAGCAGGUGAUGAUGAGGCCACAUAGUUUUGGGCUAUCGGCGAAUCAGAAGAGGCUAUUAGCAUGUAGGGAAGAGGACCAUAUGAGGGAAACUUAAGGCAAUGCAUGCAUGUAACAUACCAAAAAUGUAAAUUGUAAUGGCAGCAUCAGGUUUUCACUACGGUUUGCCUCUGUUUUUAUCACCAGGCCACCGCAGAAGGUUCUUCAUAAUUUUAUUUUUUGAUUGUACCAGUUAGUUACCACAAUUAACAAAUAUGAUGAAUAGUUACA